UUGGGUGCCGGCGGCCAUGAGCUACGAGCAGCGCCGCGACUGGGGCCGGGGUCGGGGCCGCGGCGGCGAUGGCGGCUCCUCCGGCGGCGGGGGGCCCGGGGGCCGCGGCGGGGGCCGGGGCCGCCAUCCCAGCCACCUCAAGGGCCGCGAGAUCGGGCUGUGGUACGCGCGGAAGCAGGGCCAGAAGAGCAAGGAGGCGGACCGGCAGCAGCGCGCCGUGGUGCGGAUGGACGAGCGGCGGGAGGAGCAGAUCGUGCAGCUGCUGAACGCCGUGCAGCCCAGGGCCGAGAAGGAGCAGGAAGCCAUGUCGUGGUGGUCCGGGGACGAGGACGGACAUACUCCAGAACAGCCUCCAAAAGUGAAACCAGGUGCUGAAAAAGCUGAAAAAGCUCCUGUAAAACGGCGACCAGUCUUGGAGAAAACACUUCUUGAUCAGGAUGUGGAAUAUCUCUUUGAGAAAAGUGAUCAAGAUGCGAAUUUAGAUGAGCAGCUUAAAGAAGACUUGAGAAAGAAGAAAUCUGAUCCUAGAUAUAUUGAAAUGCAGAGAUUUCGAGAGAAACUCCCUUCAUAUGGGAUGAGACAGGAACUUGUAAACCUCAUAAACAAUAAUCGAGUGACUGUAAUAAGUGGUGAAACCGGCUGUGGAAAGACAACACAAGUGACACAGUUCAUCCUGGACGAUUACAUAGAGCGAGGGAAAGGCUCCACGUGCAGAAUUGUUUGUACUCAACCCAGGAGGAUCAGUGCUAUCUCAGUGGCUGAGAGAGUUGCAGCUGAAAGGGCGGAAGCAUGUGGUAAUGGCAAGAGUACGGGAUACCAGAUUCGUCUACAGAGUCGGUUACCAAGGAAACAAGGUUCAAUUCUGUACUGUACCACAGGAAUUGUCCUUCAGUGGCUCCAGUCAGAUAAGCAUUUGUCCAGUAUUAGUCAUGUAGUUCUUGAUGAAAUUCACGAAAGAAAUCUCCAAUCAGAUGUUUUAAUGAGCAUUAUAAAAGACCUUUUGAAUGUUCGCUUGGAUCUGAAAGUAAUCCUAAUGAGUGCUACUUUAAACGCAGAGAAGUUUUCGGAGUAUUUUGAUAACUGUCCAAUGAUUCACAUACCUGGGUUCACUUUUCCCGUGGUGGAAUACCUCCUUGAAGAUGUAAUUGAGAAGUUGAGAUACACUCCGGAAAACACGGACCGUCGGCCACGGUGGAAGAAAGGUUUCAUGCAAGGCCAUAUAAGCAGGCCAGAAAAAGAAGAAAAAGAAGAAAUCUACAGGGAACGAUGGCCAGAAUAUUUAAGGCAGCUGCGGGGCAGGUAUUCAGCAAGUACUAUCGAUGCCUUGGAAAUGAUGGAUGAUGACAAAGUAGACCUUGACCUAAUAGCAGCACUUAUCAGACACAUUGUUCUGGAAGAAGAGGACGGUGCAAUUCUAGUGUUUCUUCCAGGAUGGGACAACAUCAGCUCUCUGCAUGAUCUCUUGAUGUCACAAGUCAUGUUUAAGUCGGAUAGGUUUAUUAUCAUCCCUUUGCAUUCCUUGAUGCCUACAGUUAACCAGACUCAGGUGUUUAAGAAGACCCCGCCAGGAGUCAGGAAAAUCGUGAUUGCUACCAACAUUGCAGAGACCAGCAUUACAAUAGAUGACGUGGUGUUUGUUAUAGAUGGUGGGAAAAUCAAGGAAACCCACUUUGACACACAGAACAACAUCAGCACAAUGGCUGCAGAGUGGGUUAGCAAAGCUAACGCCAAGCAGAGGAAGGGUCGAGCAGGAAGAGUGCAGCCAGGCCACUGUUACCAUCUGUACAAUGGGCUGCGUGCCAGCCUGCUGGAUGAUUAUCAGUUACCAGAGAUCUUGAGGACACCUUUGGAAGAGCUCUGCUUACAAAUCAAGAUUCUAAAGCUUGGUGGAAUUGCUUAUUUUCUGAGUAAACUCAUGGAUCCACCAUCUCGUGAUGCUGUAAUGCUGGCCAUUAAUCAUCUGAUGGAGCUGAACGCUUUGGACAGGCAGGAGGAGCUGACUCCGCUCGGCGUACAUCUGGCACGGUUACCAGUUGAACCACAUAUUGGAAAAAUGAUCCUCUUUGGAGCUUUGUUCUGUUGCUUGGAUCCAGUACUUACGAUUGCAGCAAGCCUUAGCUUUAAAGAUCCUUUUGUCAUUCCUCUGGGCAAAGAGAAAGUGGCAGAUGCCAGAAGAAAGGAGCUGUCGAAGAAUACUAAAAGUGAUCAUCUGACUGUGGUGAAUGCUUUCACAGGCUGGGAAGAGACUCGUCGGCGUGGAUUCCGAACUGAGAAAGACUAUUGCUGGGAAUAUUUCCUGUCUCCAAAUACUCUCCAGAUGCUGCAUAACAUGAAAGGACAAUUUGCUGAGCAUCUGCUUGCAGCUGGGUUUGUGAACAGCAGAGACCCCAAGGAUCCCAAGUCUAAUACCAACUCAGAUAAUGAGAAGUUGCUCAAAGCUGUCAUCUGUGCUGGCUUGUAUCCAAAAGUUGCAAAGAUCCGGCCAAGCUUUAGCAAAAAGAGGAAAAUGGUGAAGGUUUGCACCAAGACAGAUGGAACAGUGAAUAUUCAUCCUAAAUCUGUUAAUGUGGAAGAAACAGAGUUCCAUUACAACUGGCUGGUGUACCACUUGAAGAUGAGAACCAGCAGUAUCUACCUGUAUGAUUGUACAGAAGUGUCUCCAUACUGUCUGCUGUUCUUUGGAGGAGACAUAUCCAUUCAGAAGGAUAAAGACCAGGACACCAUUGCUGUGGAUGAAUGGAUAGUUUUCCAGUCUCCGGCAAGAAUAGCACACUUAGUUAAGAAUUUAAGACAAGAGCUCGAUGAUCUUCUCCAAGAGAAAAUAGAGAACCCCCACCCUGUGAACUGGGACGACACUAAAUGCAGGGAUACAGCAGUACUGACAGCCAUUAUAGACUUAAUCACCACCCAGGAGAAUGAAAGUGCCAGGAAUUUUGCUCCGCGAUUCCAGAGCGAGCGCUACAGCUGAUGCACUUCAGCUGCUGCGUAAAACCGGCGUCCCCUGUUUUGUUUCGUUGUUGAUAGCAGUUACUGAGCUGGAGGGAAGGCUGAGGGCAGCUCCUGCAGCAGCGUGUCUGUGUGUGCAUGUCUUCUGUGUCGCUUUUUAAAUAACAAAGCAGCAACGUUA